AUGCCUUACAAUGCUCCAGCUGACAAUGGAAAGCAGAAGGUGAAUGAGGGUAAGAAGACCAGUGGGGGAGGCGCCCCUACUGGCAUAGUAUGUUUUAAAUGUGGAAGACCUGGUCAUCGAAGUAUCAUAUGUACUGGGGAAAUGAAAAGAUGUUUUCGUUGUGGAAAAGCUGGGCACGAAGUGGCGGAUUGUACACGCAAGGAGGUCAUAUGUUUUAACUGUGGUGAAGAGGGGCACAUUAGCACUCAAUGUCAAAAACCGAAGAAGGCUCAGACUGGCGGCAAGGUGUUUGCUCUAGCCGGAACUCAGGCAUCUGGUGGAGACCGCUUGAUUAGAGGUAUAUGUUUCAUUAAUAGUAUGCCUUUAAUCACUAUUAUUGACACUGGUGCUAAACACUGUUUUAUUGCCGCUGUCUGUGUGAAAAGGUUGAAUCUUGAAUUAUCAUCUAUGAAUGGAGAAAUGGUUGUCGAUCUUGCAGCUAAGGGGUCGGUAACUACUUCUCUAGUGUGCUCGAAGUGUACUUUAUCGGUCUUCGACCGAGAUUUCAUUUUAGACUUAGUUUGUUUACCGUUGAGCGGCCUAUAUGUGAUUUUGGGUAUGAACUGGUUGGAACACAACUACACUCAUAUUAACUGCUAUGACAAGUCGGUGCGGUUUUCUACUCCUGUUGAGGAGGGGGAAGCCGAGUUUCUAUCUGCGAGAAAGGUGAAGGAUUUGAUAAAGGAUGAAGCGCUAAUGUUUUCUUUGAUGGUAUCCUUGUCUGUGGGGAAUCAGGCUGUGAUUGAUGAGUUGCAAGUAGUGCGUGAUUUUCCCGAAGUAUUCCCAGAUGAGAUUCCAGACGUACCACCAGAGAGGGAAGUGGAAUUUGCUACCAAUCUUGUCCCUGGUUCCAGACCCGUUUCUAUGGCACCAUACAGGAUGUCGCCAUCUGAAUUAACAGAACUGAAGAAGCAGUUGGAAGAGUUACUUGAUAAGAAGUUUGUGAGGCCGAGUGUGUCACUUUGGGGAGCACCGGUGUUGUUGGUAAAGAAGACAGAUGGCAGUAUGAGACUUUGUGUGGAUUAUCGACAGCUGAACAAGGUAACAAUAAAAAACAAGUAUCCGCUUCAGAGAAUAGACGAUUUAAUGGAUCAACUAGUGGGUGCUCGCGUGUUUAGUAAGAUCGACUUGAGGUGA